UGGGAGAUUCCACAGUUUGUUUUGGUUACAGACGACACAGCUGACGCCAGCGACGGCCUCUCCUCCAUGUUCCCUCCGCUACCACUCGUCCAUGACGCUCACUUGCAGUAAAAUACGGUGAGGGCAAGCUUGGGUAAUGGAGAGAGAGAAGGGACCUGGUCUUGUGAGCUGUAUGGACUAGUGUGUGAUGGACCUACGUUGGAAUCCUUUUUGACCAAGCAGUGGUAAAAUGAGGGAAAAAGAUCCAAAGCCAUCUGGUAGUUCAGACAAGACUAAAACCAAGGCACCGACAGGCAAAGCAACUUCAUCCAAAGCCCCUGCACCCUCGGCUAAAGGUUCAUCUGCACCAAAGGCACCAUCAUCAUCCAAAACUGCAUCAGCACCGAAAACAUCAUCCAAGACAUCAUCAUCAACACCAAAAGCAUCAUCUAAGACACCAUCAACCAUCAAAGGUGCAUCCAAACCACCUGCAUCUAAAGCACCUACAUCAUCAUCCAAAACUUCAUCUUCUACAUCUAAGGGCGCCCCAACUUCUAAAACAUCAUCCAGAACACCGUCCACAUCCAAAACACCGUCUACGUCCAAAACACCGUCUACGUCCAAAACACCGUCCACGUCCAAAACACCGUCCACGUCCAAAACUCCGUCCACGUCCAAAACUCCGUCCACGUCCAAAACUCCAUCCACAUCAUCCAGAACAAAGCCAGCUGCCUCUUCAUCUUCCUCCACCUCCAAAUCACGACCAGUGAAGCCUACUCCUAGUAACAUAAAGACAACCGGUGGCGACAGCAAGAAUAGAAGCUCCAGCAAAGAUGAUAAAAACAAGGGAGAGAGGGAACCAAAGAGAGGAGACAGAAGAGAUAGCAGUGUUUCCAAGGUGGAGAGAUCGUCUACUAAACUGGGUGCCAGAGGAGACAAAGAUUCCUCCUCUAGUCAAAGCCGAGGAAAGAAGCCAGUGAAUGGUCGUGGAGAUAAACAGGAGAGUAAGGCUUUGACUGAGAAGGAAAGGGGAAAAGAGAGGUCGAAUAACUCCAGAAGUCAAAGAGUACUUUCAGCAGAACCAUCAGAUUCUCAGAAAGAAUCUGGUAAAGACAGAAGUAGUAAGGAUCAGGAUAAGACAGGACGACUCCCAUCUGCCAAGUCACGUAGUGAUAAAGAUAACAGAAAACCUAACAAAGAGGAAAAUAACAGAGAAGAACGAAGCAGGGUAAAGAGCUCGCGGUCAAGGGAAAAGUCUGCAGCAAAAGAGCGCAGCCGUACAACAAAUAAUGAAGAUGGAGAUGCUCAUGAUUCUGGUGUAGAGGGUAUGAGUAUAGGACAGGUGACAGACACCCAGAAUUCAAAUAAACCAGAGGUAGAAAUUGUAGAACAUGCUCAAAACAGUCUCGAGACAAUGGAGUCAGGAAUAUCUCUGUCAUCCCCACGAGACUUGAGUGGAGAUGAAGUUGACAUCGAAGAGUCAAUCUCGUCAAAAAUGGUAGAAGUUGAUGAAAUGGAAGAGGUGAUGAAAAAUGAAGUCGACAUGUUUGAUGAUGAAAGUUUGUCCCUCCGUGAAACACAGGGAGAUUAUUCUGCCUCUUUUCCGUUUCAAAAUUCCCCAGCUGCUUCUGGUGCUGCACCUCUCAAUGAUGAGGCUGCUGAGGAAAAUGACGUUGAAGAGACAAACGACUAUGAGGAGGAUUUUGAGGAUUACGAAUCAGACUUUGAGGAUGAUAGCGGUUCAGGAAAUGAAGAGGAGCCGCUGGAGGAGGAGACGCAGGAAGGUGACUCGGAUGACUCUGCAGAUGACUCUGAAGAUAAUUCAGAAGAUGAUUCUGAAGAUGAAGAAAGUGGAUUGGGAAUUGUUGAUCCCGAGAUAGCUGCUGUACUAAAGGCAUUAAAAGAAGAGAACAACUUUGAGAAGCGUUUACAACGGAUACCAAGCAUGGAUGUUCCAGAUCCAGAAGUGUUGUCACCGGUGUCAACUGAAAAGGCCAUGUUGAUGGACACAAUAUCCGAAUGUCAUGAAGACCCACAUGUGACAGAAGAGAAGCCCAAACCAAUUCCGAGACCAAAGACAUCUCGCACUUUUGUCAACUUUGCCGAGGCUAAGAAGAAGCAGAUGGCAGCACAGCUUUCGUCAAAAAUAAUGAGUCGAGGACGCACACUACUGAAUAUGAUAGAACUUGAUAUUGUCCACAUGGAUUUGCUCACUCUCUCUCCAGUAUCCUAUGAGGCGUAUAUUUCAAGCUUUGGACAGUCUAACAGACAUCAGAUAAGUGUACAAACAAAUGAUGAUGCAUUAUGUGAAGAAGUUCAAACAGAAGAAAUAACCACACGCAGCAAGUGGACUCAGAAGCCUGUACACAUUAGCAUCGGAGAAGGUGGUCAGUUACCAGGACCAGAAGAUUACAUCGGAGUAGGUGGUGACAUGGAUCCUUUGGAAUACUCUGAUCUGCCAAGCAAGGGCAGCAACACCGCAAAACUUACUACCUUUUUGAUCUCGUCCUCACAAGUAAUGCUUGGAAUCUUGGAGGAAGAGUUAGUGUGGGAUUUGGCUGACUCGGACAACACUAGCUCUGUAACCACAUCAUCAGAGGGUCUUGGUUUUUCACACCCUCCGAUACCACUGGGUGCUAGUGUCAAGUCUCUCUUAGAUAAGCGGUCAAUACCUUUUGUGCAAUUUUGUGCAACAGAAUCAACUCUCCUGCUCUCGGGCCAUGGUUAUAGCUCUCUGGAAGAUGAUGAUAACGAUGAUGGUGGUGGAGAAUUGAGUGAAAGUGGGCUUGUGUGUGUGUGGUCGGUGCAAGAACCAUCCCGGCCCCAGCAUCUGUUGUGUAGUCGUGCCCCUCCAACUGCUGCCGUAUUUAGUCCAUCCCGCCCAUCCCUCGUCUUGUCGGGACUUGAGGAUGGUUCCUUGGCAGCGUGGGAUCUGCGGGAACCACUUCAGUUGCACACACUUCAAAUUGAAAUUGAUGAUGUCAAUUGGAGAGUUCGAGUUCCUUCUUAUGUUACUGCAUGCCAUGAAGGAGAUGGAGAAGGGAAUCGUAUUAUAGCAAUACAGACAGUCACGACUCAACAGGAUCUGGAAAUGGAUACUCAGGGCUCCUUUCAGGUUGUGACGCUGACAGGUGAUGGAAGGGUGACGUGGUGGGUGGUGGUGCGGGUCCCCCUUACUAGCACUGUUGCCGAUCUUGGGCUUGGCAAGAGACACAGCAACCAUAGUAGUGAAGAGAGUAAGGCAGGAGUAUCGCCACACCUUGGUGCUGCCCCCUGGGCAAGGAUUGCCCUCAACCGUACAGCAACCAUUAAUGUAGCCACUACUCUUUAUGGUGAGGCAGCUUUGGCUAUGGGCAUCAGCUGCCACAGCUUGAAAUUGGAUCCAAAUGACCCGAAUCAAUUGUAUGUUGCCACUGGCAGUGGUGCUGUGGCCCACUGCUCUCGCUUCACCUCCCGUACAAACCCCAAGUCGUAUGUACCAGAAAUUGAACCAGGAUGUGAAGCUAUGUGUUUGGCCAUUUGUCCACAUGAUACUCGAUACCUGCUUGUAGGGAGCGGUGAUGGUGUUGUGCGACUUCACAGCACAAACACCGAACGACCACUCACUUCAUGGCAGUCUUCACCUGACUCAUCACCUAUUGUUGCCAUGCAGUGGUCACCGGCUCGUCCAUGUGUUUUCUAUGUUUUGGAUUCACUUUCAAGGUUACAUGUGUGGGACUUAAGUGCAGGUGACAUCUUCCCGGUGUUGACAGUGGAGUCGGGGGGACUGGUGGGCGGCAGCUUGCAUGCAUUCCAUAUAGCCACAACUCAAAUAAAUUCUCACCAUUCUGUGUAUGCUGUGUUUGCCAGUGACGACGGAGGGUUGGUCUUGAGGCAGAUCAGCCCCGAAUUCUGCACAUACGAACAGGUUGACGAUUAUAAUACCGAACUGGAGAGAUUUACCUAUUAUGUUAAUAUUAUAUAGAGAGAUUUAAAUUAAAUGUAGGAUGUGUUAAUAUUUUAUUUUACAUCAAAUUAUUUUGUAUAUAAAUUUGAUGAGUAAAUUUUUGAUACAUAAAAUUUUAUGAGUACAGAACAGUACUGUAAUUCCACACUUGGGAAUAAUCUUUAUUUCAUCAUCAUGUAUGCCAUUUGUUACACCAAAAUAUCUAUAUUUUAAAUAUUAAGAAUUGUUAAUUUUUUUCUGGGGAAAAGUCUCUUAUGGCUCUCUGAAGCCAUAAGAGACUUUUCUUAACUUGAAGCCAUAAGACUUGACUUGAGAUUUGAAGCCAUAAGAUCUUAGUGUGCUGUACUACAAGGUCCAAUGCAGUUGCGGAGUUCUGUUGGCCUACUGAGGACAAGAACCAGAACUUGGCUACCUCACAGAGAAGCAGGAAGCGGUGGUACUUAGUGUAAAGUUUCUAUGAAUUUAUUCAUGUCUGCUACCCACCAGGAAAGACACCCAGAAAGUUGCAAAACAAAACAAAAACCACUGUUGGCAAAAUAGAAACUGCAGUCUUGAAACCACCCCCCUAAGGAACUCCCCCCAAAGCAUGUAAACAACAAAAAAUUCACUGAACUAGGGCUAGCUUGUUAGCCCCACUUUAGGGGAUAGAUGGAGGCAGCCCGCAGUUACCCAGCUGUUACAGCCUUGGUUCUAUUCUGAUGGUAGAAUGAGUAUAAGUGUGUGUGUGUGUGUAAGGGUGUAAGGUACCCCCCCCCCCCUGUUGCUCUGGUUCCAGUAAUCUCUCUUGAACUAAGUGGUAGUGUUUUGCCUUUGUGGCUGUUCCUGUACACUUUGGUAUAAGAUCAUGGUACUGUACUUGGUGGCUUGUACCAUUAGUGACUUGAAGAUGAAGCAACACAGCUGGCACCUUCCCCUCAAUGAACUCGCCUAGUUUUGCUUGGGGAGUUGAGCUUUGGCUCUUUGGUCCCGUCGAAAUGUGGCGAGGUGCUGAUGGAAGUGUGCUUCCUCACUCUCUAAGGCUAGCAGCUCGCCGAGGUGAGGAGCAACCAGAAAUACGUCCGAUCAUGAUGACUGCUGGUGCUCCAUUAGUAGAAGUUUCUCCUUAAAAGUGUCAUGGAUCCUGAAGGUUCGUACCACUAUACCCAAUUUCUUCUGAACUUUUCUAGAGCCUUUGCUAGAAUAUUCCAUUAUCUUUGCAAUGUGCAUAAUCCUUUUUUCUAUUUAAGCUGAUUCUGUUCUGGCGCCAAUUACAUUACUAAUCUGAAGAUUAUCUAGAACUCUUAGAUAAAAGGUUUGAUGGCUCUCCUCAGUUUGAGUCUGAGAAAUUAAAUCUGCUACUUCAGUUCCAGUUGGGUUAUCAAAACCUCUGCUCAUGUUAAUAUGGCACAGCUUGAGUCUGGAGUCUAAUAAAAGGGGGGUCUCCUUGCACAAAACACUGUAAUCUCAGUAUGUAAAUGCGCAAGUGGGCAGUUUCUAAUUUACAGCCAAGUAUAAGCAGCAAUUCAAGCCAGGUAAAAUGUCAGGGGUCUGCUCGGCAUGGUGCAACCAUGCCAACUUUUAGGAAGUAACGAAUAUUUCCUCCUGGUGAACAAAUCAAACAAACAUUACCAGGUGUAAUGUAGUUUUCUCCUAAUAAUUAGUAACCGGUCAUCCUCUGCACAAACCACAGUCAAAUAUGCAUAUACUGUAUAUACAGUAUAUAUAUAUAUCUCACCCACUAUAUAUUUAUCUCACUAUCUAAAUCUUUUUCUAUAUCUAAAUCUCUCCCUCUCUCUGUCUAUCUUUCUCUCUAUAUAUAUAUAUCUAUCUAUAUAUCUCUAAAAAAAAUAAACCAGGGACAUGAAUAUAACACAUUGUAUCCUGGACUGUUGCUCAUGGGACCCAACUCGCUUGUGGUCCCUCGUUUUCACCAACGUCUCGCAAGUCAUUGUCACUGUUACCUCGUUCAGGCUAACCUUCACCUGGUUGCCUGUGGGUCAAACUUCUGACUCCCUAACUGCUUCCACAAAAUAUCACAUUCUCUCUCACUUGAUGGGUCGGCCUCUGGUCCCUCACUGUUGCUUACAGUACACUUGGACACUACUGGCCCUUACCUUCAGGUACCUGAAGACCAUACUGUUAAUAUGUGUAGCUCCUGGGUCUGGUUGAUACCUGGUUGAUGGGGUUCUGGGAGUUCUACUCCCCAAGUCCGGCCCGGGGCCAGACUUGACUUGAGAGUUUGGUCCACCAGGCUGUUGUUUGGAGCGGCCUGCAGGCCCACAUACCCACCACAGCCCGGUAGGUCCGGCACUCCUUGAAGGAAAUGGUCUGCUAGCCAUUGUUGCGUACACUCUGCGAUUGGCGAGACAUUUGAAUCUCUUCUUGCUCAGGCUUUCAUCUUGACUUUAUAUCUUGAAUCCAGUUUUGCUUCAGAGCAUUACUAGUCAGGGCUGCAUCCAUUGAUUCUUUAGAAACCACAGUGUGUCCCUCGAUAUGUGCGAGUUUUGCCAUGUGUGAUAUACAGUAUAUGUAACAUGCACUAGUCAUAUCAUUUAAUUAGUUCUAGUCAUAAUGUACAAAGAAAUUAAGUUACUUGUUAGAAUUACCAGUAGUUACUAGUCGUAAUAUCUUGACAUUACUCUCUGUGGUAAAGGUGUAUAUACUCACUACUGUGUGUACUAGUGAUGAAUUUUGAUUGAAGAAUUAAAACAAAAGCAAAAGUAGCAGUUUGAUACAAUUUUGAUAAUGCAUCAUUUGAAAGAAAAGGAUAACCUAAAUCGCGUGUUGCUUGUACCUACAUUCUUAAAUAGACGAGUAGCGGUAGUGGGUUUAAAGCUUCGGUUUAUGGGGCCAAAACUUACAAGAUUUCGAACUACAGCCUUGUAUUGAUUUUACCAAGCUUUGUUGACCAAUUUAUUAGUAAUAAAUGUGCCAAUUUAUUUUCAUAAACUACUUGAAGUCUAGUUUUCUUCAAUUUUAAUUUGCUGGUAGCCAUUAUUAGACCUCAGAAUUGUUUUUGUUUUUAAGUAUAUAUUAAACAUUAGAGAUGUUUUCUAUUUUAUAAGUAACAUUCACUCUGUUAUUUCAUAGAUGCAAGAGUGUUAAAAAAAUAUGAUGUGCUUUCUAUAAUUUUGUCUUAGGUUUUAUUACCAAGGACCAAAGAUAUAUAGGUAGUUUAAUUAGAUAAUUAGGUGAUGCCCCUCAUAGAUUGAGUGAAUAUCAGUUAAGAAGGUUUAGUCUGGAUAAUUCAAGUUAAUGACUUUUCUCUUUAUAUUUAGAGCCAAAAUUUCAUUUUCUGGGGGCGAUGAGUCACAAUACUGUGGUUGAAGUAGUUUGACCAGACCACACACUAGAAGGUGAAGGGACGACGACGUUUUGGUCCGUUCUAGACCAUUCUCAAGUAGAUUAACGUCCCUUCACCUUCUAGUGUGUGGUCUGGUUAAAUUUUCUGGGGCUUUGGACAUAUAUUUCUUUUUUUUUCUUUUUAGUUCUACUUGGUAAGUUUUAUAUGAGCAAGUAGUUUAUGUUCAAUAUUGGUAUAUAGCCAUAUAUUAGAAUACUGUAUGUAUUUUCAGUGUAUGAUGUGUGGACAUCAUUCAGGUUAUUACCAAUACUGAUUGACUGUGCGAACAACUUCGUCAUUGUCCAGGAAAGGGGGGGGGUGAGGGGGGAACGGACCUCGAUAAGCCUAGCUGUAUCAAUCUUGACUCCCAAAGUUGCUACCUAUGCUUGAAAAGUAAUUUGUUGAUAAGAUUCUGGUGAGUUGGGGCCUUGUUAGUUAUAAGGUUAUUUUUAAAUGAAACCAAUUUACUAUAAAUGUACUCUUAAUAUUGUUUGAAAAUAAUGUAGUUACAGUAAUUACUGCACACUUGAUUGUGAAAUCCCCCCCCUGGGUUUUCUUGUAUAAUCAUUCUAGGCCAAUUUAUGAUUGUAUUCAUUAAUAAUGGUAGAUAAUGCAAAGUUGUUUGAGCUGCUUUGACUUCUUUUGUAUCCUCGAAUAGUCUUUCGUUGUUUUGAACUCUACAACAUUUAUUUAACUGUUGCUUUACUGUACUUUAUUUGCAUUAAUUUGGCACUUGUUAUCCCCAACACAUGUGAAUGUGUUGGGUGUGUCAUUACCCCUACCCCAUUAUUGGUUUUAGUUAGUGAUGCUGGCAUCAAUUGGUGUGGGACUUGUCACUAUUUUCUGGGCUCACUAUAGUGAUGUUUGGAUUGACUUGUAAUGAGCUACUUUUCUACAAGAUAAUGCAACUUAAUAACCCGCUAUGUGCAUGUGGCCCAGAAGCUGCAAAAAAAUACUUUGAUUCAGAAUUAAUAUACUGUAUUCAAUAUUCAUGUUUUGUGUAGCAUUACCAGCUUCCAAGUUCUCUUUUUACAUCCUAUACUCUAAAUAAAAUGACAAAACUCACCCUAACAUUAAAAAAAAAGUUGGCAGUGGACAAGCAACGACUGAUUUUUAUGUGCUCCCUCCUACCCCCUUUCCUUACUGUUUUUAGUACAUUUAAAGAAUACUGCAACUGAAAAUUUUAUGCCCAAAACGCUUUGCGUAAUAGUGGCUUUAGGCAUUGUAUGUACUAGCCCUAACUAUAAAUCCAUCACUCUUUGUAAAAUCUCUUUUAUGCAUGUACCUUACCUAAAUAAACAUUUUGAUUUUUUUGAUUUGAUGUUUGAAAACACUUGUCAUUUUUUAUAUGGCUUGCAGCUUUGUGAAUAUAGCAACAAAUUAUGUAUAACAUCUGGAAACAUACCUGUUGUAAUGGCAUAGUAAAUUAUUAUAUCAAGUCAGAUGAUAGUGCCAUACUUUUGUUUAAAGAUUACGAUAUCUAGAAUUACGAUAAUAGAUUUCAAUGUAAAUUUAGAUUUGUUUAAUUAUCUUAAAGGACACCCUUAUCUGUGACAUGUAAUACUGUUGGAAAGGAUUGUCUGUCUUCUGUCCAGAUAGCUACCUAUCUGGACAGAAGACAGACAAUCCUUUCCAACAGUAUUACAUGUCACAGAUAAGGGUGUCCUUUAAGAUAAUUAAACAAAUCUAAAUAUACAUUUAAAUCUGUUAAAAGCAUUAUAAUUUGAGUUCAUAGGAAGAAAUUGCUCGAGUCAGUUGAAGACUGUAUUAUGUGAUAUGGCAGAACUCCUGUACAUGGCUUGUAUUGCAACAGUUGCCAUUUAUACAGUAUGUUUUUGCACUAAGAAUUGGUAUAGAAGCAGCAUUAUUAAUUAAACUGUCUAUAAUUAAUGAUUUUGCACAUUUUUCUUUUUUUGUAAUUUGCAAGUUCAUGUUUUAAUGGCUCAAAGUUUUUAGCAAGGAAAAAGCACGUGUGAUAUGUACUGUACCUUAUAAAAUUAUUUAUGAUCUAUUGUACAGUAUGUGUAUGUGUUAAAGAAAUUCCUUCAACAUCUGGAUGCAGUUUGACUUUUGGUAACUGGUAAAAAAAGUUGCAGCACUACUGUUUAAAAAGGAAACAAAAAGCAGGAUGUCAUGAACAGUUUUGUAAAUUGUAUUUAAGCCUACGACAGAAUCUUCUUUCUUGUAACAAAAUGUGUGUUUUUGCCGAGAUGUGGUUUUUCAGUUAAGUGUUUGGAUCGGUGUGGCUAAUGGCUGUCGUCUGUGUGUGUUUAAAGAUAUAAACAAAAACAAUUGGGGGGGAAACAUUUUAUUAUAUGGAGGAGAGUAUGAAGUCAGGACUGGAUUUUCUUUCCUAUACAUGUUUUUGCCAUUAAAUCUGUAUUGCAUGCAGUCUUACAACUAAAUUCAAAUGAUGUAAUGGAUGUAAACGCCAAGUGAAAUAUUGAUCACGGUUGAAUCUCAGAUUCUAGCGGUAUAAACUGAAACUAUAAUUCUAGCUUUAAAUGAAAUAUGCCAUAACAAAACUAUCCAUUCCUCGCUUAUAAAACUUGAUGUGACAUUUUGGAAACAAAACAAAAUAUAUUUGUUUUAUUGAGGCAUAUUCUAUAGAAUUAUAUGAUUGAUGAGGCUUGUAAAUUCAUAAAGGAUUUGUUCACUAAAACCCGAGAACAUGAAACUAGUCUAGUUUUUUAGAGACUGUUUCUUGUCCAGAUUCCCACGUACAAACAUCAAAUGAAAGUGCAAUAUCCUAAUUUACUGUAACUGACCCGUCCACUUAUUGUAUGUACAACAUAUUUUUAGCAGUUAUGUAUUAUUAUAUUUAAAUGUAUAAAAUAUAUAUAUAUAUAUAUAAAGAACUAUCUUUGAACUAAA